AUGGGACAAAUAAAGACCAAAUUCAGGCUGUUCAAGGACUCCUUCCGGAAAGCAACGGACACCCCCAGAGAUAUCACCCCCCUCUUCAGUGACAGUGUGCAGCUGGCUUCAGCCACUACCCAGGAGUACCUCCUGUUCCAGGAUCCUGAGAGGAAGUUCAGGCCGACAUGUAGCGCCCUCACUGAGAUCUUCCUGAUGACCUACAUUAGCCAAAGUGUGCAGCUGAAAAUGCCCGACAUGUUCAUUUGCACCGCCAUGACCAGGGAGCAGAGGGUUCUCCUGGGGGCCGACUGGGUGUGGGCGGUGGUGGAGGGCCACACCAGGCACCCGCGAGUCCAAGUGGCUGUUCAGGUGCUCCACCUGCCCGGGCGGGAGAGUGAGGACGCCGACGGCAUCGUGGAGGCCUUGGGGCUAGCCUGCGCCAAGCUGGCGAGCAAGACCAGGCUCGAGAAGAUGAUAGACUUCUGCUCUUCCGUCGGAAAGGACUGCUACGCCCUCUUCCUUUUCUUCGGCCGUAGCGGCGACCCGGGAAACAUCAGCGGGGUGCUCAGCAACAGUUUCCGAGCCUUGUGCACCAGGGGCUCCAAAAUGAACCGGGCCUUCAUCGAGAGUUUCUUCAAGGGGUCGCGUUACGUCUCCACGCCAGCCGCUAUGAUGCACACCAUCAGCCAAAGCCGGCAGGAAGGUCCGCUGACCAUGCUCAUUCAGUUCAUCUGA